AUGUCAAGAACAGUGGAAAUCACAAUUUUAUCCGCAGAGAAUCUUCAAGUGAACAGAAAACCCGUCAAAGGAAAUACAUUUGUGGCUGUUCACUCCGACGCUAGCAGCGACGCAAGUCCUGUCACGAAAGUGGAUUCAGAGGGUGGAAGUUACCCUUCGUGGAAUGAGAAGGUUGUGGUGAACGUGCCGUUGCAUGCAAGGUUCAUAACCGUUGAGGUGAAGUGCAAAACGUCGUCGUCAUCGACGGGGUCUAACAGUGUUGGCGUGGCUCGAAUACCGGUUUCUGAUUUCAUUGGAGGAUACGUUCCAGAAAAUCAGUUGCAUUUCUUGAGCUAUAGGUUGUGGGACUGUAACGUUAGGAGAAAUGGGGUUAUUAACAUUUCGGUGAGGGUGAAAGUACCCGAACGUUCUUCUUGUACCUCCAAUUCUGUGUCGUUUUCGGCGGUAACUGGGGUGCCGGUGGCCGUUAAUGGCUCCACCGGAGUUGUCACAGGGAUUCCGGCUCUUUGGUUAAACUACCAAAGGAACCUUUGA